AUGUCAAUGGAAGAGCGGCGAGUGGUUGUACUUCAAGCGAACGUACGGAGGUUCUUGGUGAGGAGUUUAUACAGUUCGGUCCAUGAGCAAUACAAAAUAAUAGAAGAAUUGGUGAGCACUGAAAAGUCGUUACUCAUGAAAAUGGAAAUAAUGAAAAAUAAGUACCAGACCCCUAUCACACAAAUCAAAAUAGUAGAUUUUGUAUUUAAAAUCUUCUUAUUGUUUUUACCACUUGACGGGUGUAUUAAAUCGAGUCGAGCUAUUGUCGAGAUUGGAGAGAAAUUUGUGGAUAGUUUUAAAAUAGAUUCAAAAGCUUCAAAGUUAUUUGACACCAUCACAACUCUCAUCUUUUCUUUUGGAGAAUACGCGAUUAACUAUAAAGUUACUAAAAAUGUGUUAAACGAAUUGAAAAAGAAUUUGAUUUAUAAACGAAUGCUUUCCGUUUUGGACGCGAAUCAAAAUGGAACUACUUUUGAUGAUUUAAUUAUAGAACCAAUGCAAAGACUUUUUAGAUAUCCCAUGUUCAUCCAAUCAUUACUCAAAACUUUUGACGAGAAGAUUGAAAGUGAGAAACUUGAGAAGGAAAUUCUCGUCAAGACUAAUCACGAAUUCGCAAGAUAUAUCACUCACGUCAAUAAAAUCUCAGAAAUGAGAGCAGAACUGAUGACAGUGGCGGAUCGACUGGACUAUUUCACUUUGUUGGUCCCACGGAGAUUUUAUAUUGGAGGGGAGAUUAUGACGUAUAAUAAAAAGAAAUGUGAAGGGCAUUUAUUUAAUGAUCGAAUAAUUUGGUAUUCCAUCCAAAAGUCCAAUAAACUCGGGAAACAAGUAAGAUAUCAAUUAGAAGGGGAAAUAGUUUUUAAUGAUAAAUUAAGUUGUCAUGGAUCAAAACACGUGUUGAUUUUCGGAUAUCCUGGUUUGAUGCCAAUUCAAGUGAUGAUUAAUUCUAAAAAAACUAUAGCAAAAUGGGUUCUCACAAUUAACUCUGUGAUUAAAUCAAGAGUUUGGUUAAUGAAAGAAUCAAAUGACUGGUUACACCACUCUAAUAACUUCGAAUUUGUAUCACAAAUCGGACCAAUCAAACAAAAGGAAGAAAAGACUAAAAGCAAAAAAAAAGAAAAACAAAAAUCAAUCAAAAAAUAA